ACUUUUUCUUCUGAAAUUGCAUAACUAUUUUAUGCGUGUAUUUAUGACUUAGUUACCGUUUCCAAGGGAAACAUUCUUACCUUUUUGUUUCUCUAAACGAAACAAGAAAAGUUAGACGAAAUGUCGAGACAAUUCUCUGCUAAUCAGUAUGAAGAUGCCUUCUGCCGAUCAAAUCGUUGGGAGAUUCCAAAUAAACUAAGCCAGAAUCCAAAACAACAAGAUGGAUUCACAGUUAUUAUUGCAGACAAUGACGGUCAUCUACUUGAAGGUGUAAAGCGUUCAAAAAAUUCUCCAUGGGGUAGUUUCGUUGAUCCCUGGGAUUUCCCUUUAAAAGUACCAGGGUGCUCUGGACUGAAUACAACUGCUCGGAGACAAGAAUCAGUAAAAGCUUUAAGCAACAUGAAGAAAAACUUUGAUAAACAAUUGGAAGAAUAUAGCCUUGGUGCCUUAAAAAAUGCUAACAAAAAAAUGAAAAAAAAUUAUGUACCAAAACCAGAACCAGCUGUUGCAAAAGAUUGCUUACCUCGCACUGAAACCCCAGAAACAAAUCAGCCUGAACAAAUUAAAGAAGAAAAAAUAGGAGAAUUGGUAACUGAUGAAAAACCAACUGAUAUUGAAUCUAAAUGUAGUUCUCGCCAAUCUGCUGCUAAUGUCCAGGCAACUGAGGCAAAAUCUGUAACUCCAAAACCCUGCGAGAGACCAGAAUCAAAAUCUUCCUCUGUUCAUUAGUCAUUUCCAACCAAUCUUGAUAAAUAUCUUAAACUGCCCAGUUAUUGCCAAAAGCUUUGAAAAUAAAUUUCAUGUCAUUUCUAUGGCAUAUUUAUAUCCACGCACUGCUAACUGUUCAUUAAUUUUUAUGAACCGUAUUUCUUAGUAUGUUUGAAAUAUUUUAUCAAUAAAUGUCUUAUCCUA